AUGGCCCGCUCAGCGGCCAUUGGGACUUUGCUUGAUGAAUUGGUUGUGGCAACAACAAAAUCGGAUAAGGCAAGAUGGGCGCCCCCCUAUGUUAAGCUUCAAUAUGAGAACACUAACAGGUUAUAUCAGGAUUCCACUGCUUUUCAAAGUGCCAAGAAACGCAGCAGCACAACCCUCAAGGAGAGUAGUGUCUGGAACCGGACCGACCCUUUUGCGAUAGAAAAGCAACUUGAUGGUCUACAGGAGAAAUUCCGCGUCCUUAGCAAGGACGAUUUGGCAGACAGUCUGUGCAGUCGCUUAUUAGAGUUGAAUGAACAACAUUCGUCGUGGACACCGGAGUUCUUGUCUCUCUUGCUGCAGCUCUCUGAUCGCCCUGCCAAUGUAUCCAGUGUGCCCAAAUUCGACUUGGCCAAAUCUGACAGUGCUCCGUCCCAUCUAAAAUGGUCAGAAUUAGAUGCUACUGGAGCAACGUUUGCUGAUGAAGAUAUCUGGGAAGACAUUGACUAUGGUGCAGAAUCUUCUGACACAGAGUCUUCGGCAGCCUCCAGUGAAGUCUCGAUUCCCAGGAUACUACCACAAAGUGCCCGGCCAUUGGAAGAUGAGUUCACAGUGCCUGACGAUCUAUUCGCAACAGGUGAUGAUGAUGAAUUGAUAACUACAAUUAAAAGCGGGCAUUUCUGGGAGUAUGACUCGGCUGCUGUCCGCGAAUUCUCAGAGAGUCAUACCCGUUUUAUCACAGAGCUACAGGCAGCUCGUGAAAUAUUGUUUAUGCUUCAGGGAUUACCUACGUCACUCUUUUGGCAACUCGACAAUAGCAUAGCUGUUGAUAGAAGGUAUGCUCUUCGCCAUGCCUCAAAUUCGGCGCUCCUUCAUAUGCUUCGAUUAAGUGCCGACAUUGGAGUCAAACUUGGAGACCUGAGGCGAUUCGUGCAGAUUCCACAGUCUGUGGUAUUCUUGCAAACAUUCGCCAGGGGCGUCGAGAACGAACUUGGUGAAUUUGAUGCGUUUUUGUCAAGAUUGCAAUUAAAUUAUUUAUCGACCGGGAAAGCAGUUACCGUCAGCUUGCUGCAGUUGCUAGAGGACGUCAAAGGAGAACUACGAGUCCUCUUACUGCUAUCCGACCUCGUAGUGCAGUUGAAGUCUGCUCCGUCUGAACAGUCUUUCCUUUGUCUGGACUUGCUCUUUGAUUUGGUUUGUGCUCAGCAAGCUUCUGGGAAUGAUCACGAAUACAAGUCGCUGGCAAUAUUGUUUUUCUCCUGCUUCGAUGCUUAUGCUCAACCUCUGCGUCUGUGGUUGAAGAGCGGAGAACUCGAAGUAUCUCAGGAUCAUUUCUUCAUAACCGAUUCUCAAAGCAAUAAGGAUUUGCAAACCCUUUGGCAUGGUUGGUAUUCAUUGAAAAUGAGUGCGGGCCAUCUUCAUGCUCCAAAAUUUGUGAAACCAAGCGCCGUCAGGAUUCUUACUACGGGCAAAAGCAUGGUUUUCCUACGAAAUUUGAACAUUUCAGCCGAUGAAAUGGACUCGGUGCAAUUGCAGUCUCUCACUUUCGACGACGUCUGUGCAGACGAUGCGGCUCUACAGCUAUUGCCAUUCUCAGGUCUGUUAGAUCAGGCUGUCGAACAAUUGAUUUCGAUAAAUCAUAUUCUCGCUUCAAGCAUGUUGCGAGAACAACUCAAUGAGCAAUGUGGGUUCUGGACAUCGCUUUCGGCCUUGCGAUAUAUCUAUCUAUGUCAAGACGUCGGAGUUUCUUCAACGAUCGACAGCAAAGUAUUUGAAUCGAUUGAUAGAGGCGGUGGAGUAUGGAAUGAUCGGUUUCUUCUCACCGAGCUCGUACAGAGUGCGUUUAACGAAGUUAGCUGUGUCGACACAUCUCGACUCAUUGUACGCUCAACCCGAGGGCCGAUUCAAGACGUUGGAAAUCGUAAUCGGACGGUGAAGAUUCUCAAAUCAAUUUCGAUAGACUACAUACUACCAUGGCCUGUCGCUAACAUCAUAACCAAACUUGGUAUGAAUACAUACCAACGUAUUUCCGUAUUCUUGAUGCAAAUUCGACGGGCGAAAUUUAUCCUCGAACGACAGCGACUACAGAAAAAGGAUGGUUCUCUGGCAAAUGCUAAUGUUGGUGAUGUAAAUGACGGAACAGGCUACAUUAUCCGACAUAAGCUGCUUUGGUUUACAAACAUUCUAUACGGCCAUAUCACAGAAUUGGUUAUAGCCACUAAUACCACCUCCAUGCAAAAGGCGCUGGAAGCAUCGGUAGAUAUUGACAGCAUGAUUGCCGUUCACGAGUCCUACAUGUCUUCCCUCGAGGAACAAUGUCUUCUCACGGAAAAUCUAGCUCCCAUACACCAAGCGAUCAUUAGCCUGCUAGACCUAUGCGUUCAUUUUGCAGAUAUUCAAGCUGCGCGUCACGGCGAGAGAAAUCAGUUUGACAAAUCGCAUCGCUCAUCCAGUCCAGCUGGGGGUCAUCGACGACAUCGCCGAAAUGAAUCGAGCUACAGCUCUGACGAAGAAGAAGAAGACGAAGAAGACGAAGAAGACGAUGAUAUCCGUAAUAAUGAUGAAUCCGACAUUGACGACAUUGACGACGGAGACGACUAUGACGAGGGUAACACAACUAGUAUAUCAUUCGUUGAGUCACCCUAUUCCCACAGACUGGACCAUGUAACCAAGCAUUUUCACCGAUUACUUGCAUUUGUUAUUGCGGGACUGAGAGGAGUGGGAAGGGUAGACGGACAGCAAAGUUGGGAUGUACUUGCUGAUCGAUUGGCAUGGAAUGCCUAA